AUGUCGGCGCUUCCCAUCAAAAUUUAUAUCAGGACGCGUCCAACAACAGACUUUGCGGGAGAAAACAUUAAAAUAUUAGAUGAUCAUCAAACAGUUGCAGUAAAUAUCGACAAAUCAGAUCCAUUAAAUUUCUUGAACACUCCAGAAUGUAAUUAUUCCUUUAAAUUCCACAGUAUUCUUCAUAACGUUAGUCAAGAAAUUGUUUUUGAAGAAGCAGCUCGUGAAAUUGUUGAUUCUUUCAUUCAAGGCUAUAAUGGCUGCAUUUUCUCAUUUGGCCAACGUGGAGCCGGUAAAACAUUUACUAUGUUUGGUGGAAUUCGUCACUUCAAAUAUCGUGGCAUCGUUCCAAGAGCAAUUUCAUACAUUUUCACAGAACUAGAGAAAUUCAAGACAAUCCAAUUCACACUUACAAUGCAAUACUGCCAAAUCUUCAAUGAUAUCAUAUACGAUCUUCUCAGUGAUGAUAACAAAGAAAUGCAAAUUGCAGAAGACGAAGAAGGCAAUCCAUACAUACAAAACCUUUCAGAGCAUAAAGUCACUGAUGUCCAUACUGCACUUACAAAGCUUCUUGAUGGAGAUUCUAAACUUCAUCUCGCUGAACAUAAAUUUGGCAGAGCUGUUCAUCGCAGUCAUGCAGUUUUCAUUCUUGAUUUAGUAGGCAGGAAAGGUACUCGCAUGACACACUCUCGUCUUCUUCUCCUAGAUUUAGCAGCAGCCGAAGAAGCCGGAGAUUGUGCAUACGUUAACAAAUCUAUUUCAUAUCUACAGCAAUUAGUCGUUUCUAUUAUCUCCAAGGAUACAAAGCAUCUUCCUUUCCGCCGUUCGAAGCUUACAUAUUUACUUCGAGAUGCAAUUGGCGGAAAUUGCAGGACAUCAAUCAUCGCAAAUGUCUGGCCUGAGAAGCAGAACAACAGGGAAACCAUUUCUACGUUCCAAUUUGCAAAUGAACUCAGUAAAGUACAUAAUGAUGCGAAAGUUAACACAAUGGAGCCAUUAGAGCUUAGAAUAGAGCGUCUCCAAGAAGAACUCGAAAUACUUGAAGCCGAGCAAGAGCUUCAAAGCGAAUUGGCCGGAAAUAUCAAAGUUGAUGGCCUCAAACAAGAAGACGAACAGCACGUGGCCGACCAAGUUGCUCUCUAUUUGAAUGAUGAAAUCGACAACCUCCCGCUCCAAAGCGUUGCCCACAUAAAAGCGAUAUUUGCCGAAAUCAAAAAGCGCUACAUCGACAUUCCAAAUGCCAUUAUGCGUGAAGUUGGCAAGAACUUCACCCUCACAGAGCGUGUAAAGAACGUCAAAGCUCCAAAAGACGUCGGAACAAUUGAUGGCGCCGGUUUCUCCAUUGGCGUUGCUCCAAGCCAAGAUCGUCCCUGCAACAUUCGCACCGUCGCGAAGAUGGACCGCGGUGGCAACCAGUCAGGCGGAAGGGCCGAUAACCCUGCUGUUCCCACGAAAGAACAACUUUUCGAAAUUUACAAGUUGAGGGAUGGAAAACAGCAAGCCACAGAGCUCAUUGAAGCCAAGCACACCACGAAAUCACUCGUACAACAGAAGAAAGAGACUGUCGAGAAGGUCAAUACCCUCCAAGAGCAAAUCGUCAGUCUCGGAAAGGAAAUCGACCAAAAGGGAAUUCGCCAGGCUAAAAGACUGUUUGAAGCUGAUGCUGCUCUCCUUGAAGAGGAGCUCAAACAGAAACAGGCUUAUAAGGAUGGAUACGCGGCAAUACAGAAGAUACAGGCUGAAAUCGAUGGAUUGAAAGAGAAAUGCGGAUCAAUUAGAACUGCAAUUCUCAGCUCUUUCGAGGAAUGGUACAAUAAAUGGCUUAAUAACGAGUUGUACACUGAACCAAUUGUUCCGCCAAACAAAGAGGCUGACGCUGGACAGAAUGGAAAAGAAUCUGCUGCUUCAAAGGCAAAGAAAGGAAAAGAACCGGUAAAACCUGUAAAGAAACCUCCGCCAAGAAAGCCGGGCAAAUAA